GAUAUUUCCUCGAUUCGGGCAUCUUUUAGACUUCUUUGAGAGUUAUCGAGUUAUUCAGCAUUUUUUUGAUGGAACUGGUGACAAUGUUUUUGGGAACUUUACACUAUGUUGGAGUGGUGGCAAUCUUGUUCUCAAUCCAAGUUGUGGUGUGUACAAGCUGGAAUUCCGCAGAAUGUAAGAACCCAUUCAAUUGUGGACUCAUAAAAAAUGUGAGUUAUCCAUUUCAUCAAAUACGUGGUUGUGGGAAGCCGGGAUUUGAGUUUGUUUGUCCGGAUGACGGUUCUCCGGUUAUUACAAUCGGUUCACGUAGUUACCAAGUUCUGGUAUACAACACCUCCCUUCAAUCUCUCACUAUUGCUCCGGUGAGUAAAUAUGGUGACGUGCUUUGUCCAGAGAAUCUUUCCAACAUCUCUUUGAAUCUCAGCCCCUUUUACCCUGCUUCGAAUACCAACAACAUUUCUCUCUAUUAUGAUUGCCCGGCCAAUGCAACUCAGUAUGAAGGGCUUUAUAAUCAUCAGUUCAAUUGCAGCACAUCUGGAGGAAGGAAUGAUGUAGGCUACUUCGUCGUUACAUCUUCAUUUUCCCAGCUCUCAGUUGCAGCAAGGGAUGCCAUGGCAUCAUGCAUAGCCAUGUCUUCUUCCAGCAUUCGUUUCAAUCUUAAAGGUUUUUGGAGCACAAUCCAGGUUCAAUUAUUCUGCGCGUGGUAAUCGAGAAUGGCUUUGGGGUGCAAUGGAGAGAAGAUGGUUCCCUCUCAGCCUCAGGUAUGAUCACCAACAAAACAUGUACGUUAAUGAUACGGCACUUGCCCCCCAAAGUUCUGAAAAAAUAGUUUUUAAUUCCCUCAAAAGUUUUAAUUAAACCCUUAAUUAUUAUGUCAUACCCACCAUUGAUGUUCAUUAUG